AUGUCACGGUUUCUACCAUCCAGAAUUCUUUUCCCAUCCCGUCGUUUCUUGAGUUCGACCACCCGGAAAGGCGCCUUUGCGACGGGUCCAGCUCCACCCCGUCUCCCUCCCAAGGAACAAGAAGAAUUCGAGCGCCUUCAACGUGCGUCAACAGGUGCAUUUAGCACGCCCAAGUCACAGAACUAUGAAUCGCCUGCAUGUACCGAAACGUCACAGCCAGCAGAUCACAUCGAUAUUGAGCUCGAGGUAGCCAGUGCGGCGAGGGUGCAAGCUACGGGGGAAGGGAGCGAACUCCAUCCUGAUAUUAGGACGGGUGCGAAGCCAGAGUUUGAGGGAGAUAGAAAUCCGAAGACAGGGGAGGUUGGAGGUCCAAAGAAUGAGCCACUCAGAUGGGGCGGGAAUGGGGAUUGGAGUUAUAAUGGACGGGUUACGGACUUCUGA